UCCCAGGAUGCACUGCAGCCUACUGACCCAUCUGCUUCUUAGUGCCUUUGUACUCUGCCUGUCAGGCUGCUCUCUUCAAGCCCCAUUUCUUAGAGAAUAAGUUAUCGAAUACAGCAGCAUGAGUCGGCCUGUUGGCCCCUGGUUCCUGUGGCUUCUGUGCCUGGCGUCGGCCGUCCAGGGCCUCGUGGACAUCUGUAACACCAAGCCCAAAAGCCUGAAGCUGGAGCCCAUGUGCGUCCAUCGCAAGCCUGAGUCUCCCGAUAAGGGUACGACGCUGGAGCAGGGGUCCGAGAAGGUUCCCAACAGCACCAACCCCCGGGUGUGGGAGCUGUCCAAGGCCAACAGCCGCUUCGCCCUCACCCUGUACGGGCACCUGGCACAGGCCAAGCCCAGCACCGCCAACAUAUUCAUGUCCCCACUCAGCAUUUCCAACGCCUUCGCUAUGACGAAGCUGGGCGCCUGCAACUCCACGCUGGAGCAGCUCAUGAACGUUUUUGAGUUUAGCUCUAUCAAGGAGAAAACAUCUGACCAGGUUCACUACUUUUUUGCUAAAUUGAACUGCCAGAUAUAUCGUAAAAAGCAUGAAUCCAUUGAACUGGUCUCUGCAAACCGCCUGUUUGGGGAGAAGUCCUUCCUUUUCAACGAGACCUACCAGAACAUCAGUGAGCUUGUGUAUGGAGCCAAAAUGAUGCCGCUCAAUUUCAAGGAGAAGCCUGAGUUAUCGCGGAUGAUAAUCAAUGAAUGGAUUUCCAAUAAGACAGAGAAUAAGAUCCAGGAGACACUUCCAAAUGGGGCAAUAGACUCCAAUACAGUGCUGGUUCUGGUGAACACCAUCUACUUUAAGGGCCAAUGGGAAAGGCAGUUCGAUAAAGAGAACGUCUUCAAGACAGAGUUUUUUGUUACCGAGUCACAUUCUUGCCCUGUGUCCAUGAUGUACCAGGAGCACAAAUUCUACUAUGGGAUGUUCAGUGAAGAUAAAGUCCAAGUCCUUAGCCUUCCAUACAAAGGUGGAGAAAUUUCAAUGGUUCUCAUCCUACCUAGAAAAGACACGCCGCUGUCCGAGAUUGAGAGCAACCUGCAGUUAAAGAAACUGUCUGGCUGGCUGGACGCCUUGGUGGAGACCAAGGUGUCCAUUCAGAUCCCGAGAUUCCAAAUAGAAGAUGAGUUCACACUGAAGGAAAAUCUUGAAGCACUGGGACUGAAGGACCUCUUUGACCCGAGCCGGGCCAGCUUGCCAGGAAUCGGUGGAGAAAAGGAGAAUAACCUCUACAUCUCAGACGCUUUCCACAAGGCAUUCUUGGAGGUGAACGAGGAGGGCAGUAGGGCUGCAGCUACCACGGCUGUACUGGCCGUUGGCCGUUCCAUCAACUUCCAGCGGGAAGUCUUCAUCGCCAACCGUCCCUUCCUCCUGCUGAUCCGGAUGUCCACCACCAACACCAUCAUAUUCAAUGGCCGCGUGGCCAACCCAUGUGACUAGCUUUAGAAGGUGUGCUCCUCAGAGACGCCUACAGGGGGCGAAGCCUGUCAUUUCCGUAAUGCUCAGAAGAGAAAGAUGUGUUUGUAUGUUGUUGUGUAGUGCUCCUCAAAUAAAGUGACAAAUGUCCCUC